CUGGGCGUUCUGCCCCGCCCCGGGGGGAGGCGGGUGUUGUUCCAACCCUAGCUCAGCGCGCACGGGUCUGGUUUCUCGAAGGUGCACUCUGCUGGGUUCUCUACGUUCGUCCCUGCGCUCUCUGUCCGGAUCCUCCCAGGGCUGCAUGCCCAGCCUGGAGCGUAGGGUCUCCCCGAGUGCUGUGCGCCGCUCCUUGAGCGCUUGCCCUGCCACACCGACCACUGGGCCGCUGCUUUCUGCGGAACUCUGUGCCCUAGACGUGUUUCCAGAGGACUGAGUUCACUGGUUUAGUUAGGACUUACGUAGCUUCCGGUGUUCGCUCCGGCACAUGGCGGAGUCAGGGCAUCCUGCUCGGGAGGCACCAGCAGCCUCCAGCCGGAGAACUCGACGCCGGCUCCCCCGCUCGACUUCCGGUGCCUCAGACCCUCCCCUUCUCAGUUCAGUGCAACCUGCUUGUGAGUCCGCCACCAGAGCGCCAGGCAGCACAGUGUCGAUGAAGCAAAAGAAGAAGAAAAUCCCGAAUAGGGUCUCUGGGACAAAUGGAGACGAAAAGACCUCCGAGAAACCUGUCCUAGACGAAGCUCCCCCCAGUGCUGAGGCCCAGGCGGAGCAGCUGGCGAGGGAGCUGGCCUGGUGUGUGGAACAGCUGGAGCUGGGUCUCAAGACGCAGAGACCCACCCCCAAGCAGAAAGAGCAGGCUGUUGGGGCAAUCCGAACCUUGCGCAGUGAAAAAACGCCGUUGCCCCGGAAGAGACAGCUGAUGCGCUCCUUGUUUGGGGACUACAGGGCUCAAAUGGAUGCUGAAUGGCGGGAAGCCCUGAGGGCUCUAAAGACUGCUCCCCAUUCAGCCCAGGUACAGCUUGUAGGCGAGGCGGCCAGGAAGAAGAGUGGAAGGGUCUGCAGGCCUCGUGCAGCGGGAAGAACCAAGGCCGCUGUGGACUCCACUGGUGAAGAGUUUCGCUUCAAUUUCUUCUAGAUUCUCCCACAUUCUGGACUAUUCAUCGUCCUCCAGGGAGAUGUGGGGAUUUGUCCUGAGUGCAAGGCUCUUCUAGGAAUCCUCUCAGUAGAAGUGGGAUUGGUUUGUCCCUAACUGGUGUGUGGACGUGAAGCUGCUAGCCAGCGUGAACCUGUCAUGUGGGAACUUUCUAGGAAAUUUUCCUCCUGUCAGAAGAGAGAUGCGUUUGGGAACUCUUCUGUGACAAGCCUGAUUGUUGAGUGGGUUGUAGAAGGAAAUGGUGCUCCAGUCUCCGGGAGUAGCUUCUGGUGGUAAGGAACUGAAGAAGCUGUGUAAUUAUACAUGGGCUCACUUUUGAAAGGAUGGCCUGGCCACUGGUUUAGUGCUUUCUAUAUUGUUAGAUCACCCUAAUAAAUAUUUUUUUAAAGAAAUA